CCGCCUGCCUGCCGCGGUCCCUCCCUUUCUCCCUCAGCGCUGAGGAGAGGAGCGUCGGGUGGUCCCGGCCCCGGCCCCGGCUCCGGCUCCGCCCCCGCCCUCAGCACUCCCGACUCGGCCCCGGAGUCCGGGAGCCCCCGCCGCCAUCAUGCCGGCAGUGUCCAAGGGUGACGGCAUGCGGGGCCUGGCCGUGUUCAUCUCGGACAUCCGCAACUGUAAGAGCAAGGAGGCAGAGAUUAAGAGGAUCAACAAGGAGCUGGCCAACAUCCGGUCCAAGUUCAAAGGGGACAAGGCCCUGGAUGGGUACAGCAAGAAGAAGUACGUCUGCAAGCUGCUCUUCAUCUUCCUGCUGGGCCAUGACAUCGACUUCGGCCACAUGGAGGCCGUGAACCUGCUCAGUUCCAACAAGUACACGGAGAAGCAGAUUGGCUACCUGUUCAUCUCGGUGCUGGUGAACUCCACGUCGGAGCUGAUCCGCCUCAUCAACAACGGGGUCAAGAACGACCUGACCAGCCGCAACCCCACGUUCAUGUGCCUGGCCCUGCACUGCAUCGCCAACGUGGGCAGCCGUGAGAUGGGCGAGGCCUUCGCCGCCGACAUCCCCCGCAUCCUGGUGGCAGGGGACAGCAUGGACAGCGUCAAACAGAGCGCCGCCCUGUGCCUGCUGCGCCUGUACAAGGCCUCGCCCGACCUCGUGCCCAUGAGCGACUGGACGGCCCGCGUGGUGCACCUCCUCAACGACCAGCACAUGGGCGUGGUCACUGCCGCCGUCAGCCUCAUCACCUGCCUCUGCAAAAAGAACCCGGAUGACUUCAAGACUUGUGUCUCGCUGGCGGUGUCGCGGCUGAGCCGGAUCGUCUCCUCGGCCUCCACGGACCUCCAGGACUACACCUACUACUUCGUCCCUGCCCCGUGGCUGUCCGUGAAGCUGCUCCGUUUGCUGCAGUGCUACGCGCCCCCAGAGGACGCCGCAGUGAAGGGGCGGCUGGUGGAGUGUCUGGAAACGGUCCUGAACAAGGCGCAGGAGCCCCCCAAGUCCAAGAAAGUUCAGCAUUCCAACGCCAAGAACGCCGUCCUCUUCGAGACCAUCAGCCUCAUCAUCCACUACGACAGUGAGCCCAACCUCCUGGUCCGGGCCUGCAACCAGCUGGGCCAGUUCCUCCAGCACCGCGAGACCAACCUGCGGUACCUGGCCCUGGAGAGCAUGUGCACGCUGGCCAGCUCCGAGUUCUCCCACGAGGCCGUCAAGACCCACAUCGACACGGUCAUCAACGCCCUUAAGACGGAGCGGGAUGUCAGCGUGAGGCAGCGGGCGGCCGACCUCCUCUACGCCAUGUGUGACCGGAGCAACGCCAAGCAGAUCGUGUCGGAGAUGUUGCGCUACCUGGAGACGGCCGACUACGCCAUCCGGGAGGAGAUUGUGCUGAAGGUGGCCAUCUUGGCCGAGAAGUACGCCGUCGAUUACAGCUGGUACGUGGACACCAUCCUCAACCUGAUCCGCAUCGCGGGCGACUACGUGAGCGAGGAGGUGUGGUACCGCGUGCUCCAGAUCGUCACCAACCGGGACGACGUGCAGGGCUACGCGGCCAAGACCGUCUUCGAGGCCCUGCAGGCGCCCGCCUGUCACGAGAACAUGGUGAAGGUUGGGGGCUACAUCCUCGGGGAGUUCGGGAACCUGAUUGCCGGGGACCCGCGCUCCAGCCCCCCGGUGCAGUUCUCCCUGCUGCACUCCAAGUUCCACCUGUGCAGCGUGGCCACGCGGGCGCUGCUGCUCUCCACCUACAUCAAGUUCAUCAACCUGUUCCCCGAGACCAAGGCCACCAUCCAGGCCGUGCUGCGGGCGGGCUCCCAGCUGCGCAACGCCGACGUGGAGCUGCAGCAGCGCGCCGUGGAGUACCUCACCCUCAGCUCCAUCGCCAGCACCGACGUCCUGGCCACAGUGCUGGAAGAGAUGCCUCCUUUCCCAGAGCGGGAGUCUUCCAUCCUGGCCAAGCUCAAGAGGAAGAAGGGCCCGGGGGCGGCCGGAGCCCUGGAGGAUGGGCGCCGGGAGCCCGGGCCCGGGGGUGACGUGAACGGGGGCGUGGAGCCGGCCCCCAGUGCCGGGUCUACGCCCUCGCCCUCCACUGACCUCCUGGGGCUGCGGGCGGCCCCUCCCCCGGCGGCCCCCCCGGCCCCCCCCAGCGCCGGCAGCCUCCUGGUGGACGUGUUCUCCGACGGCCCCCUAGGGGGAGCGCCCAGCCUGGGGCCCGGCCCCGAGGAAGCCUUCCUCAGCCAGCUGGAGCCCCCGGCCCCUGAGAGUCCUGGGGCCCUAUUGGCCGACCGGGCUCCAGCUGCUGACCCAGCCUCCGAGGACCCCGGCGUCCCCAUCCCGGAGGCUGACGAGCUUCUGAACAAGUUCGUGUGCAAGAACAACGGGGUCCUCUUUGAGAACGCCUUGCUGCAGAUCGGAGUCAAGUCUGAGUUCCGGCAGAACCUGGGCCGUAUGUAUCUCUUCUAUGGAAACAAGACCUCAGUGCAGUUCCAGAGCUUCUGUCCCACUGUCACUCAUCCUGGGGACCUCCAGACUCAGCUGGUGGUGCAGACCAAGCGGGUGCCAGGCCAGGUGGAUGGAGGUGCCCAAGUGCAGCAGGUCCUCAACAUCGAGUGCCUCAGGGACUUUGUCACCCCGCCCCUGCUCACCGUGCGCUUCAGGUAUGGGGGGGCUCCACAGGCCCUCACCCUCAAGCUCCCCGUGACCAUCAACAAGUUCUUCCAGCCCACCGAGAUGGCCGCCCAGGACUUCUUUCAGCGUUGGAAGCAGCUAAGCCUCCCCCAACAGGAGGCCCAGAAAAUCUUCCAAGCCAAUCACCCCAUGGAUUCCGAGGUGACCAAGGCCAAGCUCCUCGGCUUUGGCUCGGCCCUGCUGGACAACGUGGACCCAAACCCGGAGAACUACGUGGGUGCCGGGAUCGUGCAGACCAAGGCCCUGCAGGUGGGCUGCCUGCUCCGGCUGGAGCCGAACGCCCAGGCCCAGAUGUACCGCCUGACGCUCCGGACCAGCAAGGAGAGCGUGUCUCGGCACCUGUGUGAGCUGCUGGCCGAGCAGUUCUGAUCUCAGACCCCGUGUACCCCGGGUCCUGGAGGAUGAGGGGGGGCCGUGUGCUGAGGGGCUUGGCUCCCGGGGUCAGAGCCAGGGGCUCCAGAACUCCGGGCCGAGGGUGCCCUGGCCGGGGCCGUCCCCUUUGCCCUUUUGUAUCUAUUUUUUGAGCUGCUGCUGUUUACAGUGUCGGGGUCCCCCUCCCUGAAGCACAGAGGGGAAGGGGCUCGGGCCAUCCCCUCCCCUGCCCUGCCCCUAGACCACCGUGUAUUAAUGUGAGCGAAUAAAAGAUGAGACGCUGGUGCAGUGCA